AUGAGUAACCAGUGUCGAAAGGCUUUUAGACAAAAGGGAGCUCUUAAUAUACAUCAGAGAAUCCACACUGGAGAGAAACCUUAUGAAUGUAACCAGUGUAGAAAGGCCUUUGGAGACAAGAAUACUCUUACAGUACAUCAGAGAAUCCACACUGGAGAGAAACCUUAUGAAUGUAACCACUGUGGAAAAGCUUUUAGAGACAAGAAUGUUCUUACUGUACAUCAGAGAAUCCACACUGGAGAGAAACCUUAUGAAUGUAACCAGUGUCGAAAGGCUUUUCGAUACAAGGUAGCUCUUACUACACAUCAGAGAAUCCACACUGGAGAGAAGCCUUAUGAAUGUAACCACUGUGGAAAAAGUUUUAUAAAAAAAGAAACUCUUAUUUUACAUCAGAGAAUCCACACUGGAGAGAAACCUUAUGAAUGUAACCACUGUGGAAAGGCUUUUAGAAGCAAGAAAGGUCUUAUUGGACAUGAGAUGAUGCACACUGGAGAGAAGCCUUAUGAAUGUAACCACUGUGGAAAGGCUUUUCGACACAAGGUAGCUCUUACUGUACAUCAGAGAAUCCACACUGGAGAGAAACCUUAUGAAUGUAACCAGUGUGGAAAAAGUUUUAUAAAAAAAGGAACUCUUAUUUUACAUCAGAGAAUCCACACUGGAGAGAAACCUUAUGAAUGUAACCACUGUGGAAAAGCUUUUAGAAAAAAGGGAGGUCUUACUACACAUCAGAGAAUCCACACUGGAGAGAAGCCUUAUAAAUGUAACCACUGUGGACAGGCUUUUAGAGACAAGAAAGCUCUUACUGUACAUCAGAGAAUCCACACUGGAGAGAAACCUUAUUAAUGUAACCACUGUGGAAAGGCUUUUAGAAGCAAGAAAGGUCUUAUUGGACAUGAGAUGAUGCACACUGGAGAGAAACCUUAUGAAUGUAACCAGUGUGGAAAGGCUGUUAUACAAAAGGGAGCUCUUAAUAUAAAUCAGAAAAUCCACACUGGAGAGAAACCUUAUGAAUGUAACCAGUGUAGAAAGGCCUUUGGAGACAAGAAUACUCUUACUGUACAUCAGAGAAUCCACACUAGAGAGAAACCUUAUGAAUGCAACCACUGUGGAAAAGCUUUUAGAAAAAAAGGGAGGUCUUACUACACAUCAGAGAAUCCACACUGGAGAGAAGCCUUAUAAAUGUAACCACUGUGGACAGGCUUUUAGAGACAAGAGAGCUCUUACUGUACAUCAGAGAAUCCACACUGGAGAGAAACCUUAUUAAUGUAACCACUGUGGAAAGGCUUUUAGACAUAAAUCUAGUCUUACUGACCAUGAGCAUACCCACACUUAAGAGAAACUUUAUGACUGUAAUCAAUGUUGGAAAGCUUUUGGAAAUAGAGGAUUUCUUACUAGUAAUCAAAGAACCCAAACUGGACAGAAAUCUUCUCAAUGUAACCAAUGUGGAAACCUGGGACGCUAAUGUAUUGUUGGUGGAAUUGUGAAUGGAUCCAACCAUUCUGCUGAGCAAUAUGGAACUAUACCCAAAGGGCUAUCAACAGGUACAUAGCCUUUGGACAAGCAAUGUUUCUACUGGGCUUAUUUACCAAAGAUAUUCUAAAGGAGGAAAAAGGGCCCACAUGUGUGGAAAUGUUUCUGCAGCCCUGUUUGUAGUGGCAAGAAAUUGGAAACUGAAUGGAUGCCUAUUAGCUGGGAAAUGCUGAGUAAGUAAUAGCACAUUAAUGUUGUGGAAUAUUAUUGUUCUAUAAGGAAUGAUCAGCAGGAUGAUUCCAGAGAUGCCUGGUGAAACUACAUGAACUGACGCAAAGUGAAGUGAGCAAAACCAGGAGACAUCAUACAUGGCAACAGCAAGAUGAUUCAAUGAUCAGUUCUGGUGGAUGUGGCUCUUUUCAACAAUGACAUGAUUCAGGCCACUUCCAAUGAUCUUGUGAUGAAGAGAGCCAUCUACACUGAUAGAGGACUGUGGGAAUGGAAUGUGGAUCACAACAUAGCAUUUGCACUCUUUGUGCACCUAACAAGUUGGUGGGAAUAGCCCAAAAACACUGGUGAGAGAAGUUUCCUAGUACUGCUGUCACCACCUGUGAGAUGAGUCCCAGCUGCCCCAAAGCACAAUGUAUCCAAGCCUCUGACACCGGCUUGGGGGUCAGUUUACUUUCCCAAAUGUUCCCUUUCAAAUGUGGCAGAUGGACUUCAAUCCAUUACUAGCUGCCCAUGGUUCCAAAUAUGCUUUGGGGAUAGUCUGUACACUUUCGCGCUGGGUGGCAGAGUUCCCCCUCAUACUGCCACAGCCUGUGGGCUAGCAAAAAUCAUCUUAGAUAAAAAGAAUUUCAGACCCACAUGGGUCACAAUAUGCCAAC